CUCUUGGGAGGAUAUCGAAACUUGUCCAAGCGACGCCGGAUCGAGCAACUUUGAGGGGAGUUACGCCGGUCGCCUGAGUUUAGGAUACCGACGGAUCAUCUAUCUAGUCGUUAGAUUGUGUUGGUCCAGGAGUUCCUAUUUGUUUCUUUAUCUGUAAGGAAAAAGUGUUUAACUGGUGUUUGUUGGGAACCGGUCGCUGGAGAUGGGGUUUCUGGUUACUACCCUAAUUUUUGUAGUUGUUGGAAUCAUUGCAUCACUCUGCACCAGAAUCUGCUUCAACAGAGGGCCCUCUACGAAUCUGUUACACCUAACGCUAGUUAUUACUGCAACGGUGUGCUGUUGGAUGAUGUGGGCAAUUGUGUAUCUGUCACAAAUGAGGCCCCUCAUCGUCCCCAUUUUGAACGAAACUGAAUGAUCUUCCCUAAGAGAACCGUAUGCGACCGCUAUGAAAAGCUUCAGGUUCUAAAAUGGAACCCCAAGUGGAAGAGCAGUGAAUAACAUUUUUUGGUGAACGCAGAAAUACCCAAACUAUAAUUUUGAGCCAAUUUUUUUGUGUAUUCAUUCUUUAUUGAUAAAACAGCCUUCAAACUUACGGUCAUAUUGUGCUAUAGUUGCUGUCAUUAGGUUGUAGGAGUCGAUAUCAUAGGUUUGGAGGUUUAGAUUUUUUAUUUAAAUAAUAUACUACGUGUUUUUUCGGGGAAAUAAGUGUGCUAUAUUUGCUUGU